AUGGGAGUCAAUUUUUUAUGUUCUUCACUUUCCUCAAGUUUUUGUUGCCAUUUGUUUUUUUGUUUUUUGGGGGUUUUUGGGGGGUUUUUCUGGUUAGUUAUUUUGAUUCUCUUCCUCUUCUUUUUUGAUUUCUUUAUCCUUUCUCUUUUUUCCCCUUCUCUUUUUUCCUCUUCUCUUUUUUCCCUUUCUCUUUUUCAAUGUUCUUAUUCUUCUUUUCUUCUUUAUCAUUCUUCGUCCUUUUGCUUCUGCAUUCCUCUCUCAUGUUUUUAUUCUUCCUCUUCCUCCUCUUUAACAUCUUCUGCCAUCCUUUGCCACCUCCUUGUCUUUUUCAUAUUCUUUUCUCCUCCUUAUUCUUUUUUCCUCCUCAUUCUUUUCUCCUCCUUAUUCUUAAUUGCUCUAAAUCUUCCUUUUUCUUUUAGUUUCUUUUCUUUACUUUUCUUUCUUUUUUCCAAUAUUUUUUCUUUUAAGUUUUUCUACUAUCUUCUUUCUUUCUUAUUUUUCUUCUUCCUUUCUUACUUUCACCUUUCUUCCUUUCUUUUCUCCAUUUUUUUUCAAUACACUCUUGGAUUUUUCUGUGUAAUUUCCUCUUUAAAAUCUUUUCCUAUGCCCAUUCCUUUUUCCAUACUCUCUCUUUUCUUUUCUUGUUUUAUUCUUGCCUUUUUUUUAUUUCUUUUGCUAUUUCUCUUUUUCUUCAUCUAUUUUUUUCACAACUGA